AUGCUCAAAAAAUAUCUCUCUUCCUGUUCAUCUAAUGAAUAAAUUUAGUAAAAAUAGACAUUAACUAAAAUAAGUAUAGACAUUUCCAUAAAAACUUAGAUCUAACUCAAAAAACUAUUGAUUAUGGUACUCCUAAAACUUAACUAAAUCUAGGAUCAAUUGAAAAUAGUCCUUUAAAUAUACAAUACCCAACAUCAGAGCCAAACGUUUCUAGUAAGCCUUCUGAACAAUAUUUACUCAGUAAUUAAGUAAAUUCAAUAUAGAAAAUGAUAAUUCUCCUGCUAUAAGUGGUUCCCCAAAAUAAGACUUUGAUCUUCUUAUUACAUAAAGAGAUGAUACCCUUAAAUUUAGAUCAGCUUCAUAAAACUAAAAAAAGCUAUAAUUAAAGCGUUAAAGUAGUGAAAAAUAAUGUUCAUCAAAUGAAAAGAUUAGAGUUUUUGAUGUGUUCAAUUAAAGUCCAAGGUUAAAUAAAUAACCCUCCACUUCUAACACCUACAUUACCACUAAAGAAAACUUAAAAGUUCAACUGCAAUAACAGAAACAUAAUCUACAAAAUCAGUCCAAAAUAGCAACAAAUAAUGUAAAUUAUCAACCACAGAAUAACGCAUUGUAAAAACAAUCCUGUAAACCUCCAAUAUCCAGUAGAUUAAAUGAAUCAAGAGAAAUUCUGUAAUAUAUGAGAAAGAAUUCAAUAAAUAAUAAAAAAUGCUCUCACUUUAAGGAUGAAGGAGGGACUUAAAAAAAUCAACUUUUCUUUCAUUCUCCAAAAUAUAAUGAAUCUGCAGCAUUCAGUUCUUCAGGUAAAACACAUCUCCAAGAUGCAUAAACUAAUCUCAAAUACGAUAAGGAUACUCCCAAAAAUGAAAAUAUUCUUGAAUUAUUGUUACUUUCAACUUAAGAACUUAACAACAAGUUCAAAAAUAAACAACUAGAAAGGAAUGAAUCAGAAGAGAAAAUACCUGUAAAAAUUAGAGUAAGAGCAGGAAGUAGAUUUCCAAAAGACUUCUUUGAAUGA